UUACGUCCCUUCCAACCUCGCUAGAACGGCAACCGGCGGGAGUUUUUCAAAAUGGGAGCGCGGAGGCGCCGCCCAGGCCUCGGAAGGUGCCCGGGAGACCUUUCGGUGGCUGUGGUGUCGUCGCCGGGAGCGGCGGCCUAGAGAGCCGAGCCUGAUGGACGCCAAGACACGCUGCCUACUUGGAGCGCUGCCUCGAAAGGACUGCGUGAAGGGAGUUAAUCCGGGGAGCACGGACCGCGGCCUGGAAAUAUGGCGACCUGCAUCGGGGAGAAGAUCGAGGAUUUUAAAGUUGGAAAUCUGCUUGGUAAAGGAUCAUUUGCUGGUGUCUAUAGAGCUGAGUCCAUUCACACUGGUUUGGAAGUUGCAAUCAAAAUGAUAGAUAAGAAAGCCAUGUACAAAGCUGGAAUGGUACAGAGAGUCCAAAAUGAGGUGAAAAUACAUUGCCAAUUGAAACAUCCUUCUAUCUUGGAGUUGUAUAACUAUUUUGAAGAUAACAAUUAUGUGUACCUAGUAUUAGAAAUGUGCCAUAAUGGAGAAAUGAACAGGUAUCUAAAAAACAGAAGAAAACCAUUCUCAGAAAAUGAAGCUCGACACUUCAUGCACCAGAUCAUCACAGGAAUGCUGUAUCUCCAUUCUCAUGGUAUAUUACACAGGGACCUCACACUUUCUAACCUCUUACUUACGCGUAAUAUGAACAUCAAGAUCGCUGAUUUUGGGCUGGCCACUCAAUUGAAAAUGCCACAUGAAAAGCACUAUACUUUAUGUGGAACUCCUAAUUACAUUUCCCCAGAAAUUGCAACUCGAAGUGCACAUGGACUUGAAUCUGAUAUUUGGUCCUUGGGCUGUAUGUUUUAUACGUUACUUAUUGGAAGACCACCUUUUGACACUGACACCAUCAAGAACACGUUAAAUAAAGUUGUAUUGGCAGAUUAUGAAAUGCCAGCUUUUUUGUCAAGAGAAGCCAAGGACCUUAUUCACCAGUUACUUCGUAGAAAUCCAGCAGAUCGUUUAAGUCUGUCUUCAGUAUUAGAUCAUCCUUUUAUGUCCCGAAAUUCUUCAACAAAAAGUAAAGAUUUAGGAACUGUAGAAGACUCGAUUGAUAGUGGACAUGCCACAAUUUCUACUGCAAUUACGGCUUCUUCCAGUACCAGUAUGAGUGGUAGUUUAUUUGACAGAAGAAGACUUUUGAUUGACCAGCCACUCCCAAAUAAAAUGACUGUAUUUCCAAAGAAUAAAAAUUCAAGUGAUUUUUCUUCUUCAGGAGAUGGAAGCAGCCUUUAUACUCAGUGGGGAAAUCAAGAACAAGAAACCAGUAAUAGCGGAAGGGGAAGAGCAAUCCAAGAGGCAGAAGAAAGGCCACAUUCUCGAUACCUUCGUAGAGCCCAUUCCUCUGAUAGAUCGGGCAUCUCUAAUAGUCAGUCGCGAGCGAAAACGUAUACAAUGGGACGAUGUUACUCAGCAGAAAUGCUUUCAAAAUCCAAAAGAUCAGGAGUAGAUGAAAAUGAAGAAAGAUACUCAUCCACAAACAGCAAUGCUAAUAUUCUUCACUUCUUUAAAGAAAAGACAUCCAAUGGUUCUGGAUCUUUUGAAAGACCUGAUAAUCAAGCACUCUCCAAUCAUCUUUGUCCAGGAAAAACUCCUUUUCCAUUUCCAGACCAGACAGCUCAGACUGAAAUGGUGCAACAGUGGUUUGGGAAUCUGCAAAUAAAUGCUCAUUUAAGAGAAACUACUGAGCGCAACAGCAUUAGCCCAAACAGAGAUUUCCAGGGCCAUCCAGAUUUGCAGGACACAUCAAGAAAUGCCUGGGCUGAUAUAAGAGCCAAAAAGAGCCCCAAUGCUUCUGAUAAUGCGCAUUCUGCAAAACAGUUGAAUACCAUGAAAUAUAUGACUGCAUUUCACAGUAAACCUGAGAUAAUUCAACAAGAAUCUAUUCUUGGCUUAGAUCCUUCUUCCGAACAAAGCAAGGCGAGGGGUAUGGAGCCACCAUUGGGUUAUCAGAAACAUACAUUACGAAGCAUUACAUCUCCUUUGACUGCUUACAGGUUAAAACCAAUCAGACAGAAAACCAAGAAGGCUGUGGUGAGCAUACUUGAUUCAGAGGAGGUAUGUGUGGAGCUUCUAAAGGAGUAUGCAUCUCAAGAAUAUGUGAAAGAAGUUCUUCAAAUAUCUAGUGAUGGAAAUAUGAUCACUAUUUAUUAUCCAAAUGAUGGAAGAGGUUUUCCUCUUGCAGAUAGACCGCCCUCACCUACUGACAACAUCAGUAGGUACAGUUUUGACAAUUUACCAGAAAAGUACUGGCGAAAAUAUCAAUAUGCUUCCAGAUUUGUGCAGCUUGUAAGAUCUAAAUCUCCCAAAAUCACUUAUUUUACAAGAUAUGCUAAAUGUGUUUUGAUGGAGAAUUCCCCUGGUGCUGAUUUUGAGGUUUGGUUUUAUGAUGGAGCAAAGAUACACAAAACAGAAGAUUUAAUCCAGGUGAUCGAAAAGACUGGCAAAUCUUACACCUUAAAAGGUGAAAGUGAAGUUAAUAGCUUGAAAGAGGAAAUAAAAAUGUAUAUGAACCAUGCUAAUGAGGGCCACCGUAUUUGUUUAGCACUGGAAUCCAUAAUUUCAGAAGAGGAAAAGAAAAGUGGAAGUGCUCCCUUUUUCCCAAUAAUCGUAGGAAGAAAACCUAGUAGUACUAGUUCACCUAAGGCCUUCACACCUCCUCCUUCUGUGGAUCCAAACUAUCCAAUGAGAGAGACACCAUCUCUGAAUAGAAUGAUCAUAAAUAGUGCUGCUUCUCCAAAACAGGCACCAAUACUUAAUCCUUCUAUGGUUACAAAUGAAGGACUUGGCCUUGCAGGUGCAGCUUCUGGAACUAACAGCUCUCCUAAUAGUCUAAAAGAUUGUCUCCCUAAAUCAGCACAACUUUUCAAGUCUGUUUUUGUGAAAAAUGUUGGUUGGGCUACACAGUUAACUAGUGGAGCUGUGUGGGUUCAGUUUAAUGAUGGGUCCCAGUUGGUCGUGCAAGCAGGAGUGUCUUCUAUUAGUUAUACAUCUCCAGAUGGUCAGACAUCUAGGUAUGGAGAAAAUGAAAAAUUACCAGAAUACAUCAGACAGAAAUUACAGUGUCUUUCUUCCAUCCUUUUGAUGUUUUCUAAUCCAACUCCUAGUCUUCAUUGAUUGAAGCUCCUUUUAGAUAUAUAUAUAAGGACUUCCCUGGUGGUGCAGUGGUUAAGAACCCACCUGCCAAUGCAGGGGACAUGGGUUCAAUCCCUGGUCCACGAAGAUCCCACAUGCCGGGGAGCAACUAAGCCUGUUCACCACAACUACUGAGCCUGUGUGCUGCAACUGCUGAAGCCCGUGCGCCUACAGUCCGUGCUCUGCAACGAGAGAAGCCCGCACACCGCAACGAAUAGUAGCCCCAGCUCGCCACAACUAGAGAAAGCCCGCGCGUAGCAACGAAGAUGAAAACGCAGCCAAAAGUUUUUUUAAAAAAAGAAAAACAUAUAAUUUAAAGUAAGUUACAUAGUAAACUCAUUUUUAAU